CAAAACAUUUCAAAAUCGCCCGCUUCCCUGCUCCUCUCUCUCUCUCUCUGGCGAUUCCAGAUCUGGAUCUGGAUCUAGGGUUUUCCUCCGAGGCGAUUCAAGCUGCUACUCAGAAGGAUCUUACAUCUGGUGCGAAAUAUCUUCUUCCUAUCAACCCUAAACUUAAUGGAGACGGUGGAAAGGGUGGUCGGAUAUGUUCGAGUUAAAAUCUAGGGCUUCCAUGCCAUUCGGAAACAAAACACUCCGAUUAGGGUUUUGUGUGAGAGAUGGUGCUGAAAAAAUGAAGCAACUUAAGAACCAUUAGCAGUGCGCUUGAAGACGAGUCCGAGAAAGGGAUGCCCACUAUAGCUGGAAAAUCAAGAAGUGAAUCAAAGAACAAGGAAAAGAAGCAUAAAAGGCACAAGGACAAAGACCAAGACAAGGACAAAGAGCAUAAAAAACAUAAACAUCGGCAUAAAGAUCGAAGUAAAGAUAAGGACAAAGAAAAAAAGAAGGAUAAAAGCAGUCAUCAUGACAAGAAAAGGAAGCAUGAUGGAAACGAAGAUGUCAGUGACACUCACAAGCAGAAGAAAAGUAAGCAUAAGAACUCAAUGAUUGAUGAGAUAGGAGCGUUUAAGAUAGCAGCUUGAACCACAUGGACCUGCAAUACCGACCCGGUUCCUACCUUACCCGAACCACAGGUAUAAAACAGUUUCAGACCUGGCCGAAGAAAAAAGAACCGAACCGGAACCGGGUCCACCUCGACAAUGUGUUAUUAUCAGCUUGGUUUCAUCUUUCCGAAAAUAAUCUAUUAUAGUAUCAGAGUGGGCUACUGUAGGUUGAGUUGGUGGUCAUGGAGGAAGGAGAACUUGAUUUCUCAAACACCGAGAUGUUUACGGAUCCAAAUAUGGGUGAUAUCCCGAGCAAUGGUUUACUCGAUAGCUUCUUUGAUGAUAUUUUCAAAGACUCGCACGCGUGCACCCAUACGCAUACUUGUAACCCACCGGGCCCUGAUUCAUCACACACCCACACGUGUUACCACGUGCAUAGGAAGAUCGUGCCCGCCAUGAGCGGCAAUGAUGACAAGACGCCGGCGGAUGACACGGCUGAGUCGGCAAAUAAAAAAGGGAAGAAACGUCCGUUAGGUAACCGUGAAGCACUUAGAAAGUAUCGUGAGAAAAAGAAAGCGCGCGCGGCUUCAGUAGAGAACGAAGUUGUUAGAUUGAGAGCAUUGAAUCAGCAGUUAAUGAAGAGGAUUCAAAGUCAGGCUGGGUUGGAAGCUGAGGUGGUGAGAUUGAAAUGUUUGUUUGUGGAUAUUAGAGGGAUAAUUGAAGGAGAAAUUGGUAAUUUUCCUUGCCAGAAGCCGCUUCCAGCUAAUCAAAACAUAGGCAACGGUAAUUUGACAGGUGGGUAUGUGAUGAAUCUGUGUAAUAUGCAGUGUGGGGAUCAAGUUUAUUGCCUUCAUCCCGAGGUAGAUGGGAAGAAUGUAGAAAAUGCGUCGAUACAUGAUCCGGUUAUCAAUGGCUGUGAGUUUGAAAGUCUGCAAUGUAUGGGGAACCAAAAUUCUUUGCUCAAGGAGUUUUCAGGUUGGACAACUGAUGAUGGCCUUCUUGUAGCUAAUCAAUUUGGUGGACGAACAAAACGAAAAGGUUCUCGUGCAACGAUAACUAAAUGAAUUCUGAACCCGAUUUGGGAGGAAAUCAGAUCGCUUGCCGAGUCUGGAAAGAUUAUUACGUGAAGCAUCUGAUUGUGGAGAUGGCUCUUAACUGAAUAAUUGGGCUGGUGUUGAUAGGACUCAAAGUCAAUUUGAUAAUAGAUAUUACAGUCAUUCGAGCGAAUUUUUUUAAUGAGUAUAUGCUCCUCAAGUUUUCUAGGCCCAAGUGCCCAACUGUUAAGAGAUGGGUUUGUGAGGACUCUUAAGUACCAAAUGACAUAGAUGAAACGAAUUCAUCUAGGAGUAGUUUAUUGAAGCAAUCUUCAUUGGAGAAAUAUGGUCAAGAAUGUUGCAUCAGAAGUAACAAAUGAAGAGAAUGACAAUGAGCUUGGGAUAGCUUCUUUUACAAAUGAAGAUGAUUACACACAUUCAUCAUAUUCAAAUCAUAAGGUACCACGGUGCACUAUUAUUUUUGCGUCUAUUGGCGUGCUUGAUAUCAGACGGUUAAAUUUUAGUGCCUGUCAAUAUGUCAUGUUGGUCCAAGAAGACUGUCUUUUUUAAAUUGAAUUUGUAAAUAAUUAGUGUUUUAGUAUGAUAAAAAAAAGAUACAUUAUUACAA